GAGAGAGAAAAGAAAACACUUUCUAGGUCUAUUCAAUCCCUUAUUACUUAAGUAGCAUUGAUCUCUCUCUUUCUCUCUCUCUUAUUUUCUUGCAUAUUUAUCUCCCUUCCUAAACAGUAACUCAACAAACAAGAGGAUCAGAUCCAUAGGAAGUGUUUUAUCUGUCUAUCACAUACCAAAAAAACUUCACACUGAUCAGUCAAUCCCAUCAAUCAAAUCAUAAAAUCAAGAAAUCAGAAAAGGAGAAAGUGAAGAAUCAACAAAAAGAGAAACAAAGAAAAGAAAGAAAAGAAAAACAUGUCCUCUUCAUCAUCAACUUCCUUUUCACCGGACCAGCAACAACAGCAACAACUCUCUCCUUCCGACCAGCUCUGUUAUGUUCAUUGCAAUUUCUGUGACACUGUUCUCGCGGUGAGUGUUCCUUGCACAAGCUUGUUCAAGACUGUUACAGUGAGAUGCGGUCAUUGCACCAACCUUCUCUCGGUUAACAUGCGCGCUUUGCUCCUUCCCGCUGCUAAUCAGUUUCAUCUCGGACACAACUUCUUCAACCCUCAAAAUCUUAUGGAGGAGAUUCGAAAUGCACCUUCAACAAACAUGAUGAUGAAUCAGCUUCCAAAUCCGAACGAUUUGAUGAUGAACACAAUGAUGAGAGGAGGACAUCACGAAGAAAUCCCUAAACCUCCUCCGGCAAACCGACCUCCGGAGAAGAGACAGAGAGUUCCAUCUGCUUACAACCGCUUCAUUAAGGAUGAAAUUCAACGUAUCAAAGCUGGAAAUCCUGAUAUAAGUCACAGAGAGGCUUUUAGUGCAGCUGCAAAAAAUUGGGCCCACUUUCCACACAUUCAUUUCGGACUUAUGCCUGAUCAUCAACCCGUGAAGAAAGCUAAUGUUCGUCAGGACUCAGAGGACGUGAUUAUGAAAGAUGGGUUUUUCACACAAGCAAAUGUAGGUGUCUCUCCCUACUAGAAAGAAAGAGUGUUUGUUUUUAUUAUGUAGGGCUUUUGAGUGUCAUACUCUUGUCUCUAAUUAUGUUUUAUAUAAUUGUACUAAGACUUUGUCUUAUGGAUAUUAAUGGUGUGCACUUGUAUUAGUACUUUUUAGUGUUACAAUAUUGUUAGUUAAUUUUAUAAGAUAUAAUGAGGGAAUAUUCUAAUAUGGGUCACUCCUGGAUGAUCCAGUAUUUGAAAAUUGUUUAGAAUUUCCACAACUUGGAAAGAUAGUAUAAUUGUUGUUUUUAUA